GUGCUAUAUCACUAACUAUGGGGUUUGUAGGGAGGCAUCCUGGCCUUGCUGUGGAAGCUGAACUUCCAAUUUAGCUGCUCACUCACUUUGUGACCCUUGAGACAGUCUUCAGUUCCAACCUUGUGGGUUUUUUUCUCCUGCCCCCAGGAUUGAAGUGUAACUUCUUGGAGUGCCCAGAUGGAAGGGGAACCUUAUGAAGUGGGAACCGCUGGUGCUGCAGAGUAUGGGACUGCUGGGGGCUUCUUUCCUUAGGAAUUAUCCUUACGUUUCUUUUUUGUGGAGCCUUGAAAUGGCUUUACUGCUGGAAUGGACCUUCUUGUUACGUAUAGAAAACUCUGAAAAUCAUUCGGACUGUGUGCUUGCUGAACUCUCCUCUUGGACCUUAAGAAUGAGUUAUCUGGCUUGUCUGUGAACCUCGUGCUGCGAACAUUUCUAACCUUAUAAGGAUGUGUAUACUGAAGGAUUGUUUGUCCUGGCCAGAGAAACAAGGUGGCUUAAAACACUGCUCUGGGACCCUAGUGCAAACAAACGGAAUGAUUUUUUUUGUCCUCAGACUUUCUAAGGUGUAAUUGCUGAGGCUCUGUAAAAUGGCUUUACGUUUUCGCACUUUCUUCCCAUAUGCCUUACCUGGAGUGCUGGCACUUCUUGGCUGGUGGUGGUUCUUCUCCCGCAAAAAGGAGCAUGGAAACAAUCAUGACAGGCGAGCAAUAGCCAUCAUGGAAGAGCAGCAGAUAGAACUGCCUAUAAAUGGUUCGUCACCGCGAAGAGAAGCACGUGCUCCUCAAGGACCGCCUCUCUCCUCGAAAGAGGAAUGCCCAGAGCGUGAAACCUCGACCUCCAUGCUGUCAGCAGGGUUGACGACGCCCUCUCUUUUGCAUCAGACUCCUGAGAGGUUAGAUUUCUCACAGGACCUUCCAGCCUCAGCAAUAAUGACCAUCCAGCCCAGCACCCUUGAGGACGACAGUGAAAAACUGGAAAGAAUAAGCUCUCAAGAUGAAAGCAGUUUCCCUGUUUGUGUGUCUCUCCCUCUGGUCUCGAAGAGUGCCGAGUGUCACAGCAGUGCUGUGAUUAGCCCUAUACAGAAUUCGAGCUCUAGUGCAGCUGAGGGUCAGUGGCCAUCAGCAUCGGUGACGCUGACACGAGAGUCUUCGGGAAUCGUGGAGGAGGUCAGCAAUGCAGAGCAGUCAAAUGAUUCUUCGUUUAAGCCCCGUAAAGAAAGCCAGAUGCCAGAAACUGUGCUAUCAGAUACUGGGUCUGUGACAGCCCUGCAACUGGGAUUGGAGAAGGAAGCCAGUUCCCCCCUAGCCUUUCCCAAUAAUGAAGAAGCUGUAGCAGGUCACAAGGAUUCUGUAGUUGGGAUGUUAUCAGAUAGUUGUAUGAAGUCUGCCUGCUUGGAGCAGUCCAGAGAAGAAGAAAUGUCUGAGUCAAUUGACAGUACUAUACCUGUGUGUCAGGAGGAGGACACACAGCCGAAAGAAGAUGAAUUGGAAAGAGAGAGAAUUGGAGGAGUGAGUUUAGACAAGGAAGAAGUUGAGAAAAUCGAGCAAGUAGCAAUACAGAUCAUUUCCAAGGUCAUUUUGGCAGCAACCGAGGAAGUGCUAUCUGGUUCUGCAAGUGACGUGUCUAGUCGGAUCUGCCAAGCUGCAGCCAGCCGAGCUGAGAGACCUCUGGAGAGGGCAAGCAUUGCUGCUUCUGAUCAGAUGCUUGCAGCGGAACCUAGGCGAGGGGAUGAGCACAUUGCUACUAAGAAUGAUGCAGUGGUACCUACCUCCGCGCAAGCAGAGGAACGUGAUCAAUGUGUGACAUAUUCCAGCUGUUUAACACACGGCCGUUUAUCCAGCCCGAUUCAGAGAGACUCAAAAGACUGUCAGGUAAAGAACUGUGCACACAGCGAGUCCCCAGGAGUUGGUCGGACUCCUAUUGCAAACCAUGGAGGGUCCCUGGGAGAGUCGCAUGUGGUUAUGGAGGACUCUGGGUGCAGCACAUGUGCAUCCGAAGAUGGGACAAGCACUGGGGACUCGUUGCAAAACACAAUGCUGUCUGUCACAUCAGGCCAGCAUUCGGACUCACUGAGCACAUCUGCAACCCAAGACACAUCUGCUGAGCAGAGCUCAGUACCAAGUGAAAAACUUCCUACCCCGAAGCUACCUGAAGACAGUAAAGUGCCAUACAGUAAUGGGAUGUUGAAAGAAGACAGUCCAGACUUGCGUCAUGAGAGUAACUGGACAACAGAGACAGAUGGAGAUCAUUCAGGAGGUUCGGAUGUAAAUAGUAUGGAUUCUGUGGACAGCGGCUGUGCCCUGGGAAAGACAGAGACUCGUCAGGACCCUAAGCCGGGAGGAGAAUCCAGCAAGUCUGAGCUCACUAUCUGGGAAAUAGAGGUUCCAAAGCACUUAGUUGGCCGCUUGAUUGGCAAGCAAGGAAGGUACGUGAGCUUCUUGAAGCAAGCAUCUGGUGCCAAAAUAUAUAUCUCAACACUACCUUAUACCCAGGACUUCCAGAUUUGCCACAUAGAAGGAUCCCAGCAUCAUGUAGACAAAGCAUUGAGUCUGAUUGGUAAGAAGUUCAAAGAGCUCAGUCUCACCAAUAUCUAUGCUCCACCUCCCCCAUCACUGACGCUUCAUUCCCUCCCUAUGACUUCCUGGCUGAUGCUCCCAGAUGGAGUCACUGUAGAAGUGAUCGUGGUUAACCAAGUCAAUGCAGGGCACAUGUUUGUACAGCAGCAUACGCACCCCACUUUCCAUGUCCUGUGUAGCCUGGACCAGCAGAUGUACGUCUGCUAUUCUCAACCUGGAAUUCCAACCCUGCCAACACCUGUAGAAGUUGGUGUUAUCUGUGCGGCUCCAGGUCUGGAUGGGGCAUGGUGGAGAGCUCAAGUUGUUGGCUACUUCAAAGAGAGCAGUGAAGUGGAGAUCAGAUACGUGGACUAUGGAGGAUACGAGAGAGUGAAAAUUGACACACUCAGACAAAUCAGGUCUGAUUUUGUAACACUACCUUUCCAAGGAGCAGAAGUUUUGCUAGACAACGUGGUGCCUCUUCCAGAUGAGGAUCAUUUUUCAUCAGAAGCUGAUGCAGCUGUUAGUGAGAUGACCAGAGGGACAGCACUACUGGCACAGGUCACAAAUUAUGACAGUGCAACCGGUCUGCCACUGAUACAGUUGUGGAGUAUGAUGGGAGAUGAGGUGGUGUCGAUAAAUAGAGCUCUGGUGGAAAGAGGAUUUGCUCAGUGGAUUGACAGCUACUAGCAAUGUCCGAGAUGCCUCGACAACUUUUUCUAACAAAAUAAAAUCUUUUUUUUUUUUUUUUUUUUUGCACUGUUACAAUUCGGUUUGGCAACCCCUUUUGGGAAUAACUGUUUACACCUAUGUACAAAGUUUUUGCGGUCCAUUGAAACUUGUUUUGCUCAACUGUUACCAUUUCACUAGAAACACAUACCUCAUCUCAGUGAAAGGCGGGGUGUUAAAAGCCAUAAUGAGAGAUACUGUAGCUUUAAAGCAAAAAAAUUCUCCCUGGCCUCUUCUCUUAAUCAGAAUGGCAAAAAAAAAAAAAACUUAAAACCUUGGGGCUUGCUUGAAGCCCCUGAAAUGUUAACUGUGGUUGCAUGUCAAUUCAACAUGCAUACUACCCCAUGAACUCAGUGUCCACUUCUCUUAAAAGUUGCGUUGGCUGUCCUUUUUCUAACAGGCUCUGCCUAUGAAACCAGUGGAUGUUAAUGAGUUUAAUGUUCAGUUUAUGAAUUUCUCUAUAUUGUGCUGCCAGCCUGCACAAACUGCAUUCAUCUGGGAUCUUCCUGAUACCAGGAGGUAGAUGAGUUGCAUUCAUUGCACUUACUGUGGCACAUGUCUCACUGCAGUUGUGUUUUCUAGGCUUGAUCUGCUUAAGGAAGAAAGUUUCUUUGUGGAGAUGCUUAAAGUGCAGGAUAUGUUACCACUACAGUUAUUGCUCUGAAAUCUAUGUUCCAAAUCGUGUAUUUAAAGAAAAGAACUGAUUGCCAAGCCCAGUUGUAAUUUGUAUUUUUCUAGCUGUGCAAGUCUGUAAAUAUAUAUAAAAAAAAUCAUUGUAAUAUUUUGUACAAGAAAAACACUGGAAACAAAGGGAACUUUACAGAAACUUUUUCACACCAAAAUGUCCUAUGUAGGUAGAACUGGUUUGGAGUGCGUUAGGAUAGCUGACAUAUUUGGAGCAUCCGAAUGUGGGAGUGUUUCUGCUCUGCUGUAUACAGGAUUAGCAUUCCCUUAGAUUGCUGUCUGGUUUGAAUUGUGAUCACUGCAUUCUUUGCUAUGUUGCUGUACAGAUGUGUUUAAAAAAAAAAAGUAACAAUUUGGCAUUAAUAUUGCAGUGGUGUUCUCUCUCAAUUUUUUUGCUCCUUUUUAGAUUUCUGUCAUACGGAAUUUAAAAUUUUGCUCAAGUAAUUUAAACUGACUUAAUACUAUUAAACACAUGCCCCUCUAAUGUAUAUCACUUUAGAUGUGUAUUGAGCUGGGAUUUAUUGCUGGCGGAGAAGACACUUGCCAGGAAAAUGUUGAUGUAGUCAGUCCCCAGGAAAGUUUUUUCAGGUGAAUUCAGGAAUGUCAUUACAUCUUAUGAGCUAACAUGUCAGUGCACCACACAUCUGGAUAGUUGCCUACAAAAGCAUUUGGUCCGAUCCCUUCCAAUAUGGUAUGAUUAUAUCCUUUUUUUUGAGUUCUCUCCUAUUCGGCGCUUAUGAUUUAAUGUUCAUGUUUGCAAUAAUGUCCAAUGAAAACUAAAUUUGGUAACUCAGUUAAAUCUAUAAAAACAUAUAUCCUCUUGGAAUGUUUCUUUCCAUUUCAAUUAAAGCUCGAAUUUUAAGCCGUCUUAAUCAAA